UUUUUUUUUUCCCACUCCAGCCUCUCUGUACUCCAGUCAAGGUAGUACACAAGGUUCGACGUACAAGAUGAGCCCUACGACAAUCAAAGUUGCCGGCUCGGCUGUCAAGAGCCACGAGCCUGAGCGCGUCAUUGUCAAGGCACAGAUCUCCAAGAAGCUGGACAAGACGGCCGUUGGCAGCGCAGGCGGCGACGACAUAGACUUGGCGGGCCCCAUCGCUCCUGCCUCGGAGCGCAUCGCCGCCAUUCUUGAUCCCUUGGCCAAGCUGUGCGAGGGACAGACCAAGUCUCUCAUCACGCAUCUCGUCAUUGGACAGCCAUUCCUGCACACGCAGCUGGCGCGCAACAACAGCCACGGUGGAGCAGCUGCCAAAAAGAAGGCUGCCACCGCUGCUGCUGCUGCCUCCAAGCUUGGAAACUCCACCAAUGUUUCGAACAACGCCGCCAAUGGAGACGGUCACGCUCCCGAGGUCGAACACAGGGAGGACAAGGACGAGACCAACGAUGGAGACACAUCGAUUGCCACGACCGUCGUCGGAGGCACCGUCACCUCCUUUUCCAAGGUGGAUAUUGAAGCGGAGUUCACUCCCAGGGACAUCGAAGAGUGGCGCAAGUGCGAGACAGCCGUGCGUGAGCUGUCGUCGACGACCAACGUCAGCGUCAAGUCGAUCACAUUCACCAUCAGCGAUGAGACAGCCGCCACUAUGAUUCGCAAGGCUCGCAUUGAGGCCGUCCAGAAUGCCAAGGAGGAGGCCGUCGACUUUGCCCUCGGUCUGGGCUUCAACGCGGUCGAGUGCCUCUCGAUCAAGCACACAUUUGGUCCCACGUCGGGCAUCUCCACGUUGAGGCCCCAGCAGUCGCGCACCUUCACUCGUCCCAGGUCAGUCUCUGUCAGCGUCAAGGUCGAUGCCGACUUUGCCACCGUCACGUCCCCGAUUGGCGCUGCUACGGCCAGUGUCCUGAAGGAGGGAGCCAGCAUCAAGGCCGAGUAACUGGCUUUCUACCGAGCUAUCCAUCUGGACGCUCCCUCAAAGCCUCUUUCCAGUCUCUUUUUUCCAUCCCUUGGUCUCUGAAUUCUACAAAGAGCCUCAACAGUGUCUCCUUUUCUCUCUCUGUAUUCUUAAGGGUGGCAGAGGGAACAAGUGACAGUCCCAGCAAUCAACCCUCACUUUUAUCGUC